AUGUCUGCAGCGCUAGCAAUGGAAUCAAAUCCUGAGACAAUGAACAAGUAUUUGAAGAGACUGGGCGUUUCUGAUAAGUGGCGGAUGGUUGAUGUCAUCAGCUUAGACGAGGAUGCACUGCACUGGGUACCGCGACCCGUACUCGCUUUGACUCUCCUUUUCCCUCUGUCUAAAACUUACGAAGAUUUAAGGAAUAAACAAGAGGAGGAUUUGCUCAGCAAAGGCCACCAGGCUCCCAAAGAUGUGUUCCAUUUGAGACAAGUGUUAAGCAACGUUUGCGGAACUAUUGCUUUAGUUCACAGUGUGGCGAACAACACUAAUCAAAUUGAACUAGAAGAAGGUAUUUUGAAGACUUAUUUAAAGAACGCCAAAGGUUUAGACGCAGCGGCAAAAGGGGCGCUGCUGGAAAAUUCCGCGGCCAUGAUGGAGGCCUAUAAAGAUAUAGUAGCGGCCAGCAGCAACGAGGAGGUCACCGCGCCGGACACUGUGAACCAUCACUUUGUUACCUUCGUUCAUAAAGACGGUACAUUAUAUGAACUGGAUGGCAGAAAAUCCUUCCCUAUAGAGCACGGAUCCACAAAUGAAGACCGAUUUUUGGAGGACGCAGCGAAGAUAGUGCGGAGCUUCAUUGCGCGCGAACCUGAUAAUAUUUGUUUCAACGUUAUGGCACUCGUUCCGGAGCAGUGAAUUCAUUAUUAGUUUUUCUAUACUUAGAA